AUGUCAGUUCAUGUACAUGUACGUGAUCAUCCGCCAGUAUCUAACAUUCAAUCUAUGAAUACACUCAACAAUCAACUAAGUUCACAAUCAACUCAUGUCCAUGUUGUAAAACGUGAUCGACAUUGUCGUCGUCGAUCACAUAAACAUCUAUACCAUCAUAAUCAAUUAACAAGAAAAGAAACUCAAGCAACGAAUAAUAUCAAGGAAUCUAUUGCUUUCCAAAAAAAUCUAAAUUCAGACUCGACUAUUCUCAGUACAUCUUAUCGUCAAAAUGAAUCCAAUAAAUCAUUGAUUUCUCGAACGAAAACUGCAAAACGUCCAACAUCUGUUUUAUCAAUUUUGCAACGUCGAAGUUUAUCAAUCUAUGUAUUUAUAAAUAGUUUUAUUGUCUCCAAAGGUAAAGAAAAUUCAAAUCAAAAUUCAAGACAUUAUAAAGAUUCCGAAGACAACUCGACAAAGGAAACAAUAGAAUCGAAAAUUACUAAUCGUAGUGAGACAAAUGAACGACCAGAUUGGACAAGUUUUGAAAAUAGACAUCAUCGAAAAGAUAAUAGCAAUAAAAAGAAUAAAUGUUCAUGGCAACGUAUAAUCAUAUCUGUAGCUAUAGGUCUUGUUCUGAGUAUAGCUAUUGCUGUUACUCUUGGCGUUUUAUUGACUAAAUCAAAAGCAACGACAAAUACAAUGUCUGUUCUUCGUUGGAAUCCAACGGCUAUAACCAUAGCUGGAAGUACAGGUCAAAAAGGAAAUGCUUCAAAUCUACUUUACGUACCUUUUGGUUUGGCAUUAGACUCUUCUAAUGCACUCUAUAUAGCUGAUGGAUUUAACAAUCGAGUGCAGAAAUAUUCAAGUGGUCAAUCGUUUGGUGUUACUGUUGCUGGUCAAGCAAAUGGAUCUUGGAAUUCAACAUCCAGUUAUUUAUAUUUUCCCAGUGAUGUUACGGUUGAUUCGAAUGAUAAUGUCUAUGUUACAGAUACAUUUAAUUAUCGUCUUCAAUUAUGGACUAGUGGAUCAUCUACAGGAACAUCUGUUGCAGGAACGGGUAUUUCUGGAAGUACCAAUAAUAUGUUGAGUAUAGUAUAUGGAGUGACACGUGAUCCAAAUUCAGGCACACUUUAUAUAUCAGAUACAGGCAAUCAUCGUGUAAUGCGUUAUCUUUCAGGUGCUUCAUCAGGAACUGUAAUUGCAGGUGGUAAUGGAGCUGGAUUAAGUAUUACACAAUUAUCAAAUCCAAUAGGUCUAUGUUUUGAUUCGUCAACGAAUAGUCUUUUAAUUGCUAAUUAUGGUGCUAAUAAUAUUGUUCGUUGGAUAAUAGGUGCUCAAAAUUGGACACUUGUUGCUGGUAAUUUAAAUGGAUCAAGUGGCAUGACAUCAAAUGAACUCAAUCAACCAACUGAUGUUACAUUAGAUUCAAUGGGUAAUAUUUAUGUUGUUGAUAUGGGCAAUAAUCGAAUACAAUUUUUUUCGUAUGAUCAAUCAAAUGGUACAACAAUUGCCGGUGUGACAGCUUCAAAUGGUAAUGAUUCAAUUUUACUCAACAAUCCGUAUUCGGUAGCACUCGAUAAUCAAUUCAAUUUAUAUGUAGCAGAUACAUAUAAUCACAGAGUACAAAAAUUUCUUCAAUAUUAA